UCAUCAGGAGCUGGGAGCUUUUGGAGAAGUUUGUGAAGUGUGGUGUCGGAGCGGGAGAGUGAGAGGAGGGGAUCGGACAGGAUGUACAACAAGGCAAGGCGGCUCUGCGUGAUGGGGGGUCCGUGGCCAGCCUGCAGCAGCUCCCCGCGCGUCUGGACUGCCGCCACAACGUCCCCCCCGCCCAGGAGAGGGCGUGGCUGUGCCGUCCUCGCCCUCUCCCUGCUGGGACUCCUGGGGUCAGUUCUGGAGGUGGUCCACGGGCAGGGCGCCGAGGACGAGGAUUACUAUAUGCAGGAGCUGCUCAACAGGGAACACUACUACAGCGUCCCGGGCCACGAGGGCCACCUGCUCCCUUCUGAGGCUCCCAGACAAAGAGGCAGCGCCCUCCCCAGACCCAAAACCAACAGGAACGAGUCCCAGGGUGAAAGGGAGAAAGGGAGGAACUCUGAGAAAACUACGCCUGAUCCUAAACCAGCAAAAAAUGGAAACAAGAAAGCGGAGAAGAUCAAAAAGGCUGGUGUGAAGGCUCCGAAUAGCAGCAGUGAGGCAGAGAGUCAUUACGAGCCGGCCAGAGAGGAAUGCCCUCCAAUGGGACUGGAAACCCUGAAAAUCGAUGACUUUCAGCUCCAUGCCUCCACGAUUAAACGCUAUGGCCUGGGAGCACACAGAGGACGGCUCAACAUCCAGGCGGGGCUGUAUGAGGAUGACUUCUAUGAUGGUGGGUGGUGUGCCGGGAGGAACGACCCCCUGCAGUGGUUUGAGGUGGAUGCCAGGAGGUUAACCAAGUUCACCGGGGUCAUCACACAAGGCAGGAACUCCCUCUGGUCAAGCGACUGGGUGACAUCGUACCGUGUACUCGUCAGCAAUGACAGCCACACGUGGGUCACCAUUAAGAACGGAACCGAUGACUUGGUGUUUCCUGGGAACAGUGAGAAGGAGAUCCCGGUGCUGAACCGCCUGCCGGUGCCUGUGGUGGCCCGCUACAUCAGGGUGAACCCGCUGUCCUGGUACGUCAGCGGCAGCAUCUGCAUGCGGGUGGAGAUCCUGGGCUGCCCGAUGCCAGACCCCAAUAAUUAUUACCACAGAAGGAAUGAGAUCACAACCACAGACAAUCUGGACUUCAAACAUCACACCUACAAAGAAAUGAGGCAGCUGAUGAAGGUGGUGAAUGAUAUGUGCCCGAACAUUACCCGAAUAUACAACAUCGGCAAGAGCCACAGCGGCCUGAAGCUCUAUGCCAUCGAGAUCUCAGACAACCCCGGAGAGCAUGAACUGGGUGAGCCAGAAUUCCGCUACACUGCUGGUUCCCAUGGCAACGAGGUGCUGGGCAGAGAGCUGCUGCUGCUGCUGAUGCAGUUCAUGUGCCAGGAGUACCUGUCUGGUAACCCGCGGAUACGGCACCUGGUGGACCAGACCCGGAUCCACCUGUUGCCGUCGGUCAACCCAGACGGCUACGAGAAAGCAUUUGAAGUGGGCUCAGAGCUGGGAGGCUGGUCUGUGGGCCGCUGGAGUCAGGACGGCCUGGACAUCCAUCACAACUUCCCCGACCUCAACUCCAUCCUCUGGGAGGCCGAGGCCAGGAAGUGGGUUCCCCGAAAAGUGCUCAACCACCACGUGCCCAUCCCAGAGUGGUACCAGUCAAAAAACGCCACGGUUGCUGUGGAGACGCGAGCUCUGACCGCCUGGAUGGAGAAGAUUCCCUUCGUGCUGGGGGGGAACCUGCAGGGUGGGGAGCUGGUGGUGACCUUCCCCUACGACAUGGCGCGCUCUCAGUGGAAGACCCAGGAGCAGAACCCCACCCCUGACGACCACGUCUUCCGCUGGCUGGCCUUCUCCUAUGCCUCCACGCACCGCCUGAUGACUGAUGCCAGCCGCCGUGUCUGCCACACCGAGGACUUCGCCAAGGAGGACGGCACCAUCAACGGGGCGUCCUGGCACACGGCCGCGGGAAGUAUGAACGACUUCAGUUACUUGCACACCAACUGCUUUGAGCUGUCCAUGUAUGUGGGCUGUGAUAAAUUCCCCCAUGAGAGCGAGCUGCCGGAGGAGUGGGAGAAUAACCGGGAGUCCCUGCUCGUCUUCAUGGAGCAGGUUCAGCGUGGCAUCAAAGGCAUGGUGAGAGACACGCAGGGGCGUGGCAUCGCCAACGCCGUCGUCUCCGUGGAGGGCAUCAGCCAUGACGUCCGCACAGCGGCAGAUGGAGAUUACUGGAGGCUGCUGAACCCUGGGGAGUACAAGGUGAUGGUGCGGGCGGAGGGGUACAGCCCCUCCAGCAAGGUGUGCGAGGUGGGGUACGACAUGGGCGCCACACGCUGCGAUUUCCUGCUCGGCCGAACCAACCUGUCCCGCAUCAAGGAGAUCAUGGCGCGCUUCGGCAAACAGCCAAUCAGCCUGCAGCACCGGCCGCUCCGCCAGCGGCUCCGCCCCGGCGUGCGGCGGCGAGGAGCGUAGGGACGCUCGGACAGCGGGGGGGCGGGGGUGGGGACACACACACACACCGCCAGCGGCUCACAGUACAGCCCAUCCGCUGUAAACUGGGGGCCACUGUGCUGUGAUUGGAUGACCACAAUGGAAGUUUAUUGUAUGAGUGACAAUCCCAUGUCCUCUUCACAGACUGUUGCUCACAGCCUGAACAGGAGCUAUCUUCAGUGG